GUUCUGCCAUCAUUUCUCACUCUCUGUAUGUGUAGAAUUAGAAUUCGUUAUUCUCACUUAGGAAUCGACCACGAUUAUCCAUGUGUGAUUCAAGUCUACUCAGUACACAGACUCAGUCAGGAUGGAGCAGAGCCGAGAGGGACGGCAGCUGAAUGCUGAUAGAAUCAGCAACUUCCCGGCCGAUGUGUCACAGCGUUUCUCGCCUUCUUACCCGUAAAAGAUGCCAUCAAAGCAGCUGCGUUGUCAAGUAAGUGGAGGUAUCUUUUGAGAAGCAUUCUCCAACUUGUUUUCGAUGGAGAUUUUGCUCGCAUCCCUGAUCGAAUGUGAAUGAGGUAAUGAUGAAGAUUCACAAGAGUUCUGAUGGUUUGUGAUGUUCCGAUAACUGAGUUCAUGCUUGACAUUCCUGGCUUGACCCUAUGAUCUUGAUAUCAAUUGGAUGAUUCUUCACCUUUCCAGCUAAGGUGUCCAGGAAUUUAGUCUCGUCCUUCCAGAAGUUUUGCAUUUGGAAACGAUUUGGAUUGUGGGAUUUAGCAGGCUUACUCGUCCUGAAUGGGAACUCUUGUAGGUUGUAGCUGUUGGGUGAUCUCUUUGAGAAUGUCAUUCCCAUGUGCCCGCUGCUUGAAGAAUUGAGUCUUUUUAAGUUAUGGCUCAGUUGGUAAACUUGAGAUUGUUGUUCCUCGUCUUAAAGUGCUUUCUCUUCAGUGUGAGUGGAUGUCAAUUGUCUUUGAGUUUAUCCAACUUCUUUCAGUGGUAACAAUUCUUGAUAUUCAUGGCGGCGGCAAGUGUUGUUUAGCUACUGAUAAAUAUGAACAUAGCCCUUGUUUCCCCGUUGGGGAUGUUAUGGAGCUGGAUGUGGUCACUGUAUUUGCUUUUCUUGGGCUCGAAUUCGAGAAAUACCUUGCUGCAAGUGAUAAUAUCCCCACCGGGCUUCCUACUCCUCUUCACCACUUACAAGUCCUGGAAAUGCCUAACAUAUUCUUGGACAGCUUGCAGGAAGCGCAGUUUCUCUUAUGUCUUCAUGAGCUCCCCCAACUUGCGCCCGCUCAACAUUCUAGUAAGGCUGAGUUUUUUCAAUAGUGUACCCUUGCGAUGUGGGUUGUAAGUUCCUUUAUUAUUCAUCUACUAGCUAUACAUUCCCAUUAGCAUAAAUCCCACCAUCAUUAGAUUUCCAUUUCCCAGUCAUCUCUCUCUUAAGGAGAUUACAAGGUGAAGCACAAAAGUCUAUUUUAGGGCACAUUUUCUUGCAAAAUGCUUUUCGAUUCGGUCAUAUUUCAUAUUUGGGAAUAGAUCUUUAUCUCACCAUCCAUAGUUACUAAGUAAUACCUAACACUCCACAAUUGUUAACACUCCACAAUUGUUCUAUUUCUUCAAAUGUUGUAUAUUCACCAUUGGCAUUAGUGGAAUUGUUGUGUACCGAGUUAUGGACAAUUGUUGGUUCAAUUUACUCUCUUUUGUGACUGACUUUUGUGGCCAAAUACUCUUCUUCUAGCUUCAUACUGCAAAAGACCAUUCAUGGUAGAAACAUUAUAUUGGCAGCCUAAAAAAUAUGUUGUUGAAGCAGAGGAGCUGCAGUCUGAUUGAUAUGGUAGUUGUCUUCACCCGUUGGACACUCAGGACAGGCCAGGCUUGCAGGUAGUAGUGGAGCUGAUGAGGUUUGUGUUAGCCAAGGCCCCACAUCUUCCCAGAGUCAACUUCCUGCUUUGCCGUAAGUUGGACACUUCAUUUGUGAAUGGAUAUAAUUGUGCGUCCAAAGAAGCGAACACUUUGUAGCUUUACACUCACAUUUUAACCUUGGCAUCACUUCAACUUCUCGGGAAGUGCAUGAUUCGAAAUGUUUAAUUUUUCCUUCUACAAUCUGUGUUUGUUACAGUUUUCUCAGCUUUGUGUAGAUACAACCAGGCUGUGUAUAGGGGUACCCUUCUCUGUGCCGACCAGGCAGAUACCCACUGAACCGCCGGAUGGUGUUUCAUGCAUUCUCAUCCAUCAGAUGAGACGGUGACAUUUUUGUUACUCGACGGGGGAGACACAUAGAGCCUUUGGAUGGGAGCAUUGGCGUAUUCUCAGUCGUUAGAUGUGACAGUGGUCACAAGUGUCUUUGCGUAUUGAUGGGGUACUCUCUUCCUUUUUUAUUCCCUCUUAUUCCGGUCAUUGUUUCCCUUUUUUACUGCGAAAGUGGCGUGUAACGGUGUAAGCGUCAUCUUUCAAUAUCUCUCCACAAGGGUUUUCCUUAGGGUAUAUAAAGAAAGAAAGUGUUAGAAACAAAGUUUCUAACGGGUUUCUAGAUCAGAUCUAGAGAUUGGGAAUUUAGGGUUUAUAGAAUAGAAUUGGGGAUUUAGGGAUUUGAGGAGAAUUUGGGGAAGAAUAGAAGAGAAUCGGCCUAAACCUUUAGAGGGAUUUAGGUCAAGAAUUGAGAGAGGAUAGGGAGAGGGAUUAAGGAGAUAAUUCUUUUAUUAACUUCUGCUUAAUAUGACGAAUGACCCAAAGUACAUUUAUAUAGGAAAAUACUAGAAAACCCUAAGAAUAAACCUAAUUCUACUAG